AUGGAUUGGUUUGGCUGUAAUAUGGCCGACUUAUUCUGUCCAGAUUCUUACUUUGACAACCCUCCAAUCCCGGCAGCAUUCGAAGUCAAUCAGUCACAUAGGCGACCGAGUGUUCUAUUUGCUCCUGAAGCUCCUAUUGAUUUUGACAUUGAAACGGGGCCAUUGCUUGCCAAAGAUGAUUUUCAAGAUCUUGCACCUGGUUUUCCAAAGGAUAUACUUACUCUUAAAGUACCUCCUACACCAAGGCGCAAUCCAAGACGGAAGACUCGUUAUAGUAAUGGUAAUCGCAAUGGGGAGAGAACUGAUAAUGGCCCUCCCCCACGAACCAAGCAAGCACAUGAACCUCUGCCACCAACUACUACGGAGUAUAAGAACCCAAGCUCAGCAGUGAAGUCUCGUGAACGCAACUGGGAGCGACUACGUCAAUAUUUUGCGUGGUUACCUAAGCAUUCUUUUCACUGUACUACUACUGAUCUAGCUAGACCUCCCACGAACGCCCACCAUGAACACAAAUAUCAUCCUCUGUCUCCACUUCCAGAGCCGAUCAGUUGCAUGGUCGUCUUGGUAGGCAUCGUCAAGCAUGAUUGUCACAACAUGACCAACAUAUUUCUGUUUCUUGAAACAAACAACGUCUUGUUGCCUUCUGACAUCUGCUCUGCUCUACCACCUACCAGACUACACAAACGUCUUGUUCUACCUGAUGGGGAGGAGUUAGCGCUCCCUACAAUAACCAAGUCAAUUGAUCUAUCUGAUGGGGAGGAGUUGAUACCCCCUACAAAAAUCAAAUCUAUUGACCAUAAGUCCCUCAAGACCAUUGUUCAUUCUAGUGAUGUUGAAUCAGAUAUAGAAGACGUUCUUUUAGAAGAAAAGGACCUCAUUGGACGGACUUUCCUUCUUUCACCAGAUGAUGAAGGUUAUGUUCAAUGUGCUAAGAUUGUUGAGCUUAAUUACAAGCACAAUCGCAACACAGACAUUCAGCCUGCACGCAUUGAACUAUGCUUGAACAUUGAUAAAGGCAAAUAUGAACAUGUUAUGGCUUAUCAUGAGAUCCACAAGUGGUCAGAAACUGACAAGGACAACCCCAUAGAUACGAAGCUGAAGCAAGUUGUAUACCACCAUCACUACAUUCGACUUGAACAGCCUUCUUAUUACCUGGGUCUGACUUACAGUAUGACCAUUGGAUGGAAACAUGGGGAGAAUACCCCAGAACCACUGAACAUCACUGGAGCCAAUGAAUCAGUGACCUACGCUAUAUACUAA